UGUAUAUUGCAUCAGAGAAAUGGAAGUUCCAAUGAAGUACGCUUGCUUCCUGGUGCUUUUCAUAACUCUAGCCAUUGCUGGGAUUGAUGGGGUUUAUGGGGCUGGUGAAUGUGGGAAAUCUUCUCCUGACAUGGAGGCUUUCAAGCUGGCUCCCUGUGUCUCAGCAGCGCAAGAUGAGAAUGCUGAAGUUUCUGGUAGGUGCUGCAGUCAGGUGAAAAAGAUGGAGCAGAACCCAAGAUGCCUUUGUGCUGCUAUGCUUUCUAAUACAGCUAAAAGCGCCGGCGUCAAGCCAGAGGUUGCCGUGACCAUUCCCAAACGCUGCAAUAUCGCCGAUCGUCCCGUGGGAUACAAGUGUGGAGCUUAUACGUUGCCUUGAAGACUGAAGUUCCUGAAGCACGGUGCCUCUGCUUAUGAAGUAGUUGCUGUUUUAGUACUAUUAUGAUGUGAUUGUAUCCUUGUAGCUGCUAGUCAGUUCUAUCUGCAUCCAGACACCUGAAAAAUAAUCAAUAAAUAAAUUGUUUGGUGCU